ACUUGACGUGAAAAGUGUGCAGCGACAAAAAUUGAAUUUGCCAGAAUUGUAUAGCCAAAACUGAGUUUAGUUUAAGUGAAUUAGUGGUGCAGGCGUUAAGUGAGUAAGGACUUGCAGGACCUACAACGCCGACGCUUACGCCGACGCAAACGAAAUGGCAGCUGCUGCACCAGCCGCCGCUGCAGCACAGGGUGCUGCUGGCGCUGCCGCAGUGAAUAUAGCCGAAAUCGCAGGCGAGGCCAAUGUGAUGAACUACAUGAAGAAUCGCCUGCGUAAGGGGGCGAUGAAGCGAAAGGGUCUCAUGAUUAUAAAUGGACAUAAAUUUGCGGUGCGCUUCUUCAAGCAGCCGACUUAUUGUGGACACUGUAAGGAUUUUAUAUGGGGUUUCGGCAAGCAAGGCUAUCAGUGUGAAGAUUGCCGCUUCAAUAUUCAUCAGAAAUGUUGCAAUUUUGUGGUUUUCAAAUGUCCUGGCAAGGAGACCGACAUUGAUGCUGAUUGCUCGAAAGUGAAACAUAAAUGGGAAUCGACUACAUACACGACGCCGACAUUUUGCGAUGAUUGCGGCAUGUUGCUGCACGGUGUAGCCCAUCAGGGCGUCAAGUGUGACAAUUGCAAUUUGAAUGUGCAUCACACUUGCAAGGAGAAGGUGCCGCCUCUUUGCGGUGCUGAUAUUAACGAACUACGAGGCAAGUGUUUGUUGUAUGUGGAACUCAAGGGCAACACGUUGAUGGUGGAGAUCAAGGAGGCUACAAAUUUGAUUCCAAUGGAUACGAAUGGUUUGAGUGAUCCAUAUAUUGCAAUUGCCUUACAUCCAGAUCGUAGCGGUAAAACAAAGAAGAAGACAAAGACCAUACAGAAGUGUUUGAGUCCAGUUUAUAAUGAGAAGUUUACUUUUGAUCUUACGCCUCAAGAUCGCGAAAAGCGUUUGCUGAUAGAGGUUUGGGAUUGGGAUCGUACAUCACGUAAUGAUUUUAUGGGUUCCUUCUCAUUCAGCAUGGAGGAAAUACAGAAGGAGCCCAUUGACGGCUGGUAUAAAUUCCUCUCACAAGUUGAAGGCGAGUGCUACAACAUACCUUGCUCGGAUCCCAUUAAUGAUAUAGCGCGUUUGCGUGAUGAAGUGCGAACGGAUAAAAAGAACGACAAUAAACGACGCAUGGACAACAAGGACAUGCCACAUAAUAUGAGCAAACGCGAUAUGAUACGUGCGGCUGAUUUCAAUUUCAUUAAAGUACUCGGUAAGGGCUCAUUCGGUAAGGUGCUGCUAGCCGAGCGACGUGGUACCGAUGAAUUGUAUGCUGUGAAAGUGUUACGUAAGGAUGUUAUUAUACAAACGGAUGAUAUGGAAUUGCCCAUGACGGAGAAACAGGUAUUGGCGCUCUCAGGCAAGCCACCAUUUUUGGUCUCGCUACACUCGUGCUUUCAGACUAUGGAUCGCUUAUUCUUUGUUAUGGAGUAUUGUAAGGGUGGCGAUCUUAUGUAUCACAUGCAAAUCUAUGGGCGUUUCAAGGAAUCAGUGGCCGUCUUCUAUGCCGCCGAGAUUGCCAUUGCUUUAUUAUUUCUGCAUGAACAUCACAUCAUCUAUCGUGAUCUCAAGUUGGACAAUGUGCUGCUGGACGGUGAGGGCCAUGUAAAGAUUGCCGAUUUUGGACUGAGCAAAGAGGGUAUUGAAGACCGUGACACGACACGUACCUUCUGUGGCACCAACGUUUAUAUGGCGCCGGAAAUUCUUAAUUACGAACCCUACAAUCAUACCGUCGACUGGUGGUCGUUUGGCGUAUUGGUCUUUGAAAUGUUAGCUGGUCAAAAUCCAUUUGAAGGCGAAGAUGAGGAGAGCACUUUCAAAAAUAUCAAAGACAAGAAAGCUGUCUUCCCGAAACACUUUUCUCAAGAGGCUAUGGAUGUGCUGACGAGCUUCCUCGCUAAGAAACCAAAUAACCGCUUGGGUGCUGGCCGCUAUGCGCGCUCUGAGAUCACCACCCAUCCAUUCUUUAGAAAUAUUGACUGGGAGAAGGCGGAAGCGAAGGAAAUGGAGCCACCAAUCGUGCCAAAGAUUAAACAUCGUAAGGACAUUUCGAAUUUCGAUAAAGCUUUUAUUGUUGAGAAAACUGAUUUGACUCCAACUGAUAAGUUAUUUAUGAUGAAUUUGGAUCAAAAUGAUUUUAUUGGUUUCUCUUAUAUGAAUCCGGAGUUUAUAACAAUUAUUUAAUUUAAAUGUAUUUACCAAUGAAUUACAAAACAACGGUUUAUUAUUAUAAUUAUAAUCAAUUGAAGAUAUUUGAAAUGCUCAAAAAGCAUUAAUAACGGUAAUGAAAUAAAAAUAUAUAAGAAUACGGCGAAA